UAUCUCUCUCUCUCUCUUUCUCAGCCACCAUCUCUCCCUCUCUCUCUCUCUCUCUCUCUCUCUCUCUCUCUCUCUGGCUUUCUCUUUGUCGGAAUUCAUGGACGCUACGAAGUGGACGCAGGGUUUUCAAGAACUAACAAACGUCAAACCCAUGGAGCAAAUUAUUCCAGAUAAUACCGCACAACGUACAUGCACUACAAGCGCAAGGCCCAAUGGCAUUAUCUUCAACACCAACAACGCCGGCCCCGGUGGCGGCGGCGGCGGAGGAAGUGGAAACGGCGCCGCCUCGGCGGAGAGGAAAGCAAGACCGCAUGAGAAACUGAACUGCCCGAGAUGUAACUCAACAAACACCAAGUUUUGUUACUACAACAACUACAGUCUGACACAACCAAGGUACUUCUGCAAAGGUUGUCGAAGGUACUGGACCGAAGGUGGUUCACUUCGAAACGUCCCUGUCGGAGGAAGCUCGAGGAAGAACAAGAGAACUUCGUCGUCGAUCCUCAAAACGCCAUCCUCGUCAUCUUCUCUUGGUCUGACCAGAAAGUUACCAGAUCCAAACCCACCGAUUCUCUUCUCGGGCCAAAACCCUAAUUCGACGUCGAUUAUACAACCAAAAGGGUCAUCUCAAGAUCUCAACUUGUUGUCUUUCCCUGUCAUGCAAGACGGCCAUCAUCAUCAUCAUCAUUACAACAUGUCUCAGUUUCUUCAAAUGCCCAAGAUCGAGAACAGCAUUACUCAACCAAACCCGAAUUCUUCUUCGCCUUCUCUGUAUGUGUCAUCGUCUCCUGUUUCAGCUCUCGAGCUUCUGAGAACGGGAGUUUCGUCAAGAGGGUUCAACGCGUUCAUGCCUGGUUCCAUGAUCGAUUCGAACGCAGUUCUUUACUCCUCCUCAGGGUUUCCGACAAUGGCGGAUUACAAGCCAAAUAAAAACCUCCUUUUUGCAGGAGAGAUCGGACACAACAAUAGUGGUAACAACAGGUCCAAUGAAGAAAAUGAGAAUGUAAACGGAUCAGGUAGGGUUUUGUUUCCGUUUGCGGAGAUGAAAGAGCUCUCGAGCACAACGACACAAGAAGUUGAUGAGAACGAUCAUCACCAGAAGAGUCAAGCCAAUUCAAGCGCUAAUGCUUAUUGGAGUGGAAUGUUCAGUACAACAGGAGGACCUUCGUGGUGAAGGAAUGAUAACAAACGUUAAGAAACAAAAAAUGGAGAUUAUGAAGUUAGCUUUCUUCUUUCUUUUCUUUCUUGUUAACCCAUCUCUUUCCUUUCAUGAUCUUUUUCUCACAUGGUGUACUUUAGUUAAAGCUGUCGGAACUAGCUAACAGAUAGUCCUCUCUCUCUCUCUCUCUCUUCCUUUUUUUGGGGGUUUUUUUAUUUUUCCUUCGUAGUGGGUUUGAUAUGGUUAUUUGGGUUGGUUCAUUUGGGUUGCUUAGUGUAUAUCGUAUGCUUUUUUUUAUUUUUGUUCAGGAAUUUGAUGGAUAGAAGAAAACAUGAAUACUAGGCUCUGUGGAACAAUAUAUGUAUUCAUGAAUUCUUCUAUCCACAUAAAUGUUUGCAUAAUGUAUUCAUCCCUUAUUCUCUA